CUCGCGAUCACACCGCAUUCUCCCCCCACCUCACAGUCUCCACCAUACAAAGGGCAGGCAUCUCAAUCGCCUCGUCCCCGCGAACUGAUCUCACCCAUCCACCCCGACUCAUCCUCGCCAAUCCGUCCCCCGCAUAGCCAUAACUCGGGCCAACCUCCCUCAAGUCGACCAACCAUGUCCGACAUCACCAAGACUCCCUUUGUACGGGACCUCGCCUCGAGCGACAAAAAAAUCCGCGACAAAGCCACGGACUCACUCGCCCUCUUCCUCCGCUCGAAAACCGACCUGACGCUGAUCGAACUCCUCAAACUGUGGAAGGGUCUCUUCUUCUGCUUCUACCACUCCGACCGCCCCCUAACGCAACAAACCCUCGCCCGCACCCUCAGCUACAGUCUCGUCCCCACGCUCCCCCGCACCACACUGCACCGCUUCCUGCGGGCCUUCUGGAUCACCAUCGGACGGGACUUCCACUCCCUCGACCGUCUCCGUCUCGACAAAUACCUCUUCCUGAUCCGCUGCUACGUGGGCGUUGCGCUAUCGAUCUUCAUCAAGCCCCAACCUGCCACCUCCACCUCCACCUCCACCGCAGCGAACGGAGGCAAGCGCAAGCGCGACGAAAGCAGCAAGAAGCGCAACAACAACAAGAAGAACAAGAAGCAGACGCAGCAGCAAGAAGCCGAAGCCGAAGCCGAAGCCGAAGAUACCGCCCCUACGACGGAAACCGGAAGUGAAAAAUGGGCCGCGCUCGAAUCCUACAUCACCAUCCUCGAGGAAGGUCCCCUCUGCCCGCUGAACUUCGACCCGGAUCAACCGCCCCUCAACGAGGCGGAGAAUUACGUCCCCAUGCCGCACGGACCGGACGGGCUCCGGUACCAUGUUCUGGAUAUUUGGGUGGAUGAGGUGGAGAAGGUGUUGGAGUUUGAUGAGACGGAAACAGAGGGAGGGGAGAGGAAGCCGAAGGGCGAGGUGCCGAUCGAGCUGUUGCUUAGGCCCAUUGAGAAGUUGAAGGCUGAGAGUCCGUAUAAGCCUGUUCGCACCCGGGCGGCGGAGACCCUGGAGGAUGAGCGGCUGUUUGAGUGGGGGUUUAGGGAGAGGAAGGUGGAGAGUGAGGAUGAGGAGAGUGAGGAGGAGUGGGGUGGUUUUGACUAGACUAGACUGUUUGUUGUCUGUCUGAUUGGGGUGUGGUUAUUCAUUUUUAUUACUGUUGUUGUUGUUGUUCUUUGAUAAAUGGGCAGGUGAUGGG